AUGGUUUUUCACUACAGGCUCAACGUCCUUCUGCAGCUGUACGUCUUAGCAUUCCAAGGAAACGCUGCAUUCGGACUGAUGAUUUGUGGCGGCAAGCAGCAGCCGAAAAGAAGUAUUACCAGUUCUAUUGGGAUGUCUACACAUCAAAGUAUAGCGGAUAUUGCUGAGAAUGAAGCUGAUCCAGAAUCAUCGAGGACGUCAUGCUUUUGGAAAGGGAAGGGCGAAGAAAGCAAAUGGGAAGAACGGAUUCGCAUCGAAGACUUGUAUGUUGGCCAACAACUGUCCGGCCAUGUAGUAGAGGAUUUCCUGGAUGGCAGAACAGGGCCAAAGCUUUUCUUCGAAUGUGGGGUGGGCCGUACUUCAAACAGUAAAUGGAGUAUUGUGCACGGCAUGCUGCGUCUACCCAAGUCAAAGUCAUCUGUUGCAAUAAAACGAGCAGCACGCCUUCGAAGAAAGAAGGCAUGUGAGCUCUAUGUUUCGCGCAUACAACUGGAGUGCAGUCGCUUCGAAGUUUGCACGACACGUGACGAGGCUGAGAAAAUUUACAACAUGGAAAAGAAACGGCCCAUUUCUUCAUUGCAUGUCGGUGAAGAGGUGACCGGUGUCGUUUCUAAGUUAUUGCCAUAUGGGGCGAUGGUCGAUGUAGGUGCAAAUCGCUUAGGCCUUCUCCAUAUAAGCACGGUGGCGGAGCUCAAUAACAAGUACAUCGACAAGGAAAAGGGUUUGGAGGCUGCUGGACUUGAGCGAGGUGCAAACGUCCGACUGUCUGUCGCAUCUAUUGAGAAACGGAGGCUUUCGCUUCAGUUUACGGAAGACGUGAGAAAUGCUUCCCAGAAUCUGAACGAAAGCAGUGGUGUGAAGGAGAGUGACAGAAGUCGGCCACCCAACGCCUCAGACAGCAUAUCGACUACAGAGCUUGCUUCACGGGAAGCGUAUGCAACGGAAUCACAAUCGCAAGUGCUUGUGACGGAUGAAGAAGACGAAGAUGGGUAUUAUGAUGAAGAGGGAGACUAUGAUGAGGAUAAGGAUAUCGAAGAUUCUCUUGGAUUGGGAUUUUACUGA